AUGUCGUGCCUCGCGGGGAACAAGGGUUCAAAACGUCGCUCGGUGACUCGAUGGGUCGUCAGUGAGGACGGAUCGGAGAUCAUGAAGAAACGGGACGAGGAAGAGGAGGAGGAGGAGGAGGAAGAGGAGAGGAGACGGAUGCAGUGCGAAGCUGAGAAGGAGGAGGAGGAUCUGACCAUCACCACUGAGACCCUGAAUCAGGAUCUCCAUGACGACAGAGAUGUGAGACAGGGGGGCGGGGCCAGUCUGAAGCCCGCCCCCUCUGGCACGAGCAUUCUCUCGUACCCGUGUCUUCACUGUGAUAUUUGCUUCACUGCUCAUCACUAUCUGGAGAAGCACAUCAAGCGCUCUCACAGGAAGCAGUACCUGGAGACCCUGCGCAGCAGAGCUGUCAAUCUCAAGAUGCCCUGCUUCAAGCCCCGCCCUCUGCCGGUCGGCCCCGCCCCCUCCUCUCGCGCCCGCCCCGCCCCCUCCGGGGUCCGCGCUCACACGGGAAUCGUCCUCCAUAACCCAGCCCCCCCUGGAGGAGCGGGCCCCCCCCCUCGCCGCUCCCCCUCCCCCUCCCCCUCCCCCCCGCACCCCUGCCCUCACUGUGACCUCAGCUUCCAGCACGCAGAUGAACUGGAGUCCCACCAGGAGCACCACAACCUGGCCCAGACCCUGUACCUGUGCAGCGAGUGCGGGCGGAGCUUCAGGGACUACCUCUCCCUGGAGGAGCACCUGAGGGGGCACAGCCCCGCCCCCGAGCCUGGUAGCCCCGCCCCCUGUGAUGAGGAGGAGGAGGAGCCUGGCUGCCCAGCUCCCUGUAAAGAGAAGGGGGAGGAGUCUGGCAGCAUCCCCUGUAAGGAUGAGGGGGAGGAGUCUGGCAGUCCCGCCCCCUGUAAGGAUGAGGGGGAGGAGUCUGGGAAUGUGCAUCGCUGCUCUGACUGUGGAGAGAGCUUCACAAGGCUGGAGUUACUGGUGAGGCACCGUCAGCGAUCGCACUCCCAGUCCCCCUCCCAGUCCUCCCAGUUUCCCUGCCUCCGGUGCAGCAAGGUGUUCCGGACGGCCCGCUACCUGAAAACCCAUCAGAACAUCCACUCGGGCCAGGCUCCCUACCAGUGCUCCCAGUGCCAGAAACCAUUCGCCCAACUGGGAGACCUGAAGACUCACGAGAGGGUCCACACCGGGGAGAGACCGUACAGGUGUUUGGAGUGUGGGAAGACAUUUGGACGCUCCGGCACUCUGAAGAAACACUGGCGCACUCACACGGGAGAGACACCCUACAGCUGCGGGGUGUGCGCUAAGAGCUUCAACCAGAGGGGGGCGCUCAAAACACACCAGAGAAUCCACACGGGAGAGACACCCUACCACUGCACACACUGUGACCGGCAUUUUACAUACUCUUACCAGUACAGGAGCCACGCCUGCACCAGAGACUAG